AUGGAUCUCGCGCCAACUUGCCCUCUCAAGGCCGAUGCGCUCAGGCGCGAGAGCUUCGGAUCGCAGAACUCCCAGACGGCGAAAGAAUUUAUUGACUCUCAGAUUCGUCUUGAGGCUGAUGCUCGAGAGAUCCUACCAUACUCCUUCGACUCUUGCACCCAUGACCUCGGACCACUACGCCAGAACCUUUUCGCCUGCCUGACUUGCAAUCCACCCCCCUCGAGCCCCGAUGACGAUUACACCCCCGCUGCCGUGUGCUACUCCUGCUCCAUCGCAUGCCAUGGCGAGCACACCUUGGUCGAACUGUUCAACAAGCGCAAUUUCGUCUGCGACUGUGGUACGACCCGUAUGCCUUCCACCUCCCCGUGUACUUUGCGCGAAGACCCGAAUACUGGCCGGAAGGGCGUUCACUCCCAAGAAGCUGCCCCAGGCAACAAAUACAACCACAACUUCCGCAAUCAGUUCUGCGGCUGCGGCGAGAAAUACGACCCGCACCAAGAGAAGGGCACCAUGUUCCAAUGCCUAGGUCUUGGUAGUGUUGAGACCGGUGGUUGUGGCGAGGACUGGUGGCACCCAGAGUGUCUCAUUGGACUAUCGCGUGAUUGGUACAAGAAUCUUGCAAACAAGAAGUCUGUGGGUUUUGGUGGUGACAGUACUGCUGAAGAUACUGUUGAAGUCGCUGACGAUGACGGCGAAACUCCUCUGCCCCCCGGAUUCCCGGCUGAGGACGACUUUGAGCAAUUGAUCUGUUUCAAGUGUAUCGAUUCUACCCCGUGGCUCAAAAAAUACGCUGGAACUCCAGGCUUCCUGCCACCGGUCUAUCGGAACGGUGGAAUUGGAAAAGCAGCGCCAACAGUGCAAGAGAACCCAGCUCCCGCAGAGACCACGAAGCAAGAGGACAAUUCAAAGAAACGCAAGGCCGAUGACGAUGAAUCCGCUCAAGAAGAGCCCUCUGCAAAGCGAACCAAAGAAGAAGACGCACCUCCAAAGGAACCCGAACCAACCACCCACAACAGACUCCCCAAAACCCAAGCACGCCUCCCUCCCUCCUCAACCCCCGAAGCUUCCUUCUCCCUCUUCCUCCUCGAAAACUUCCACGACCGCCUCUGCCGCUGCGCAGAAUGUUUCCCAAAACUAGCACCCUUCCCUCAACUCCGCGAAGAAGAAGAAACAUACGAACCACCCCUCUCCGACGACGGCGAGGGCGGCAACGCAGCCGGCAGUACCGGGACAGGCAGUCUCCUUGAGCGCGGCGAAGCAGCUCUCAGCAAUGUUGACCGCGUACGUGCCAUUGAAGGCGCGAUGAUUUACAACCAUCUUCGCGAUAAGGUGAAGGACUUCCUCAAGCCGUUUGCGGAGAGUGGUCAGGCUGUUAGCGCGGAGGAUAUUAAGGGGUAUUUUGAGAAGUUACGUGGUGAUGAACAAGGGAUUAAAGAUGCUGCUGGUCGGGCUUCUGCUAUGGGAGAUGGCGGUGGUGAUACUGAGGGUGAUAAUCGCCGUGAGCAGAAUGGGUACUGA